AUGUUCACGGGCUUGAUAGAAACGAUAGGUUCCAUCUUGGAAUACAAUGAACUAGAUAAUUCUGAAUCAGGUGGCAAUGGUGUUUCAGCUGUUAUAGGUGAUUGUCUGGAAAUUUUAGGUGACGUUCAUUUGGGUGAUUCCAUCAGUACCAACGGAGUUUGUCUCACAGUUACAGAAUUUGAUAGCGCAAGAACACAAUUUAAAGUUGGAAUUGCUCCCGAAACUCUCCGUCGUUCAAAUUUGGGUGAGUUACGCAUAGGCUCCAAAGUCAACUUGGAGAGAGCUGUGACUUCCGAAGUGAGGCUAGGAGGUCAUGUAGUUCAAGGUCAUGUGGAUACAAUUGCUAAAAUAACCAAGAAGAUUCCAGAUGGCAAUUCCAUCGCGUUCACUUUCCAAUUACGUGAGAAGGAGAACAUCAACUACAUCGUGGAAAAGGGGUUCAUCGCAGUUGACGGUACUUCGUUGACCGUCACGGGGGUUGAUUACCUGACGGGAGAGUUCUCCAUCAUGUUAGUAAGCUAUUCACAAGGCAAGGUGAUCUUACCUAGUAAGAAUGUUGAUGAUACUGUUAAUAUCGAAGUUGAUUUCACUGGAAAGUUGAUUGAGAAGCAAAUUGAACUCACACUAGGGGGACAAUUGGAAAACGAAAACUCUCCUUUGGUGAAGUUUAUCAAUCGCAUUGUCGACCAGAAGGUUAAUGCUUUGGGUAAAGAGUAG